CGAUGAUUAGGACACGUGACGUCGAGAAGAAGGGCGAAGUCGCGCUUCUACCUUGCGACGCAAGGCUUGCGUAGUGUCACAGCUUCCGUUUCGAACCUCUUUCUCGUAGUUCUCGAUACAAAAUGACGUGCAAACGCAGGAAUGGUGGACGUGCAAAACACGGUCGCGGCCAUGUCAAUCCGGUCCGCUGCACCAACUGCGCCCGCUGUGUUCCCAAGGACAAGGCGAUCAAGAAGUUUGUCAUUCGCAACAUCGUUGAGGCCGCCGCUGUCAGGGACAUAACGGAGGCCAGUUUCUAUCAGUCGUAUCAGCUGCCUAAGUUGUACGCCAAACUUCACUAUUGUGUCUCCUGCGCCAUUCACUCCAAAGUGGUGCGGAACAGGUCCAAGGCAGAUCGUCGCAUAAGAACGCCUCCUGUUCGCAAUUUCCCAAGGGAUUUGCGCCAAGGCCAGCAAAACAGAAAAUAAUUUUAUUAUGUAAAGUUAAUUUCGAUAUAAAUAAAAUUUCAUAAAACCAG